UUCUACUAAGGGACGCCAUGGUUAUAUAGAUGGGAAGUAGCCUCGUGAUAAGUAUGGACUGCGCGAUACGCCGGAUAUAGAUCGAUAUCUAACGCUUGAAUCAAGCCCAAGUUUUCCAUCGUGACAUUGCAUAUGCUUGCCUGUGGGUUCUACUGCCUCCUUCUGCCUCUUCUCCAUAUCCCCAAAUUUGACCCAGGGGGAGAUACACAUUCCAUUAGCCAUCACGUCCUAUUUAGACGACUUAAAAGACACGGGCUGCUAGAAAUCUGGGGGAACAAACGCCAAAAUGGGGCUUUCCAGGGUCGCCAUAAUCGUCGCACCAACUCAAGUAGUGAACUCAAGUUCUAGCGUAAUCGCAAUGCUUGCGUUCACUCUAAUAGUUAUCUUCAGAUGCCUACGAGUUCUUCAUGCGGUGUCCUUGUCGCUCCAUAACAGAACCAGCUGGUUCGCUUGGCAACUCUCCUGCGUAUGCCGAAUUCUUGGUGGCCAAGCAUAUCCAGCUUUAAAGCUAUUGCAACACCAUGCGGCCAUCCUAGUAACAGCCCUAUGGAAGGCAAAGUCUGUGCGGCAUCUAAGAAAGAAGGUUGUUUUCGAGUUCUUCACAUUGAUGCUUGGCUCCUGCGGUAACUCGUUAUGUCUCCUUCUCUUUUGGCCAGGAUGGUGGUUCCUAGCACUGAUCCUAGCACUGAUCUGGGUGGCUAUUCGAUGGUCAACUGGGUGAACUUUCCGCUUUGUAAGUGGACUCCGAUUUUUACUAUAACCCGGUUCACCUGACAAACAAUGACAAGUAGAUCAAGAA